AUGGUGCGGUCCGGAGACGCGUCGCGCAUUCGAAUCAACUUUCGUUUUUAGCAAAAAAAUGCACAGCUUUACCUCGUUCGGACUGCGUCCCGAGCUCAUCAAAGCCGUUGAGGAUCGUGGCUACUGCAAACCUUCCCCAAUACAAGAGAAAGCCCUACCCGACGCGCUCGCCGGCCAUGAUCUGCUCUGUCAGAGCAAAACGGGGUCCGGGAAAACGGCCGUCUUCAUCUUGAGUACCUUAAAUCAGAUGGAAUUCGAAGACUUCAUCGAGACAGUGGUUCUUGUUCCCACCAGAGAACUCGCGGUGCAAACUGUGGCCGAAUAUCAAAUGCUUGGCAAAUUCUUGAAGAACUGUCGAACGUCGGCAUUCUUCGGAGGGUUACCGCUCAAUGUGAAUAUAGCAAAUAUCCGCUCGUCUGCCCCCAAUAUCGUGGUCGCUACUCCUGGUCGAAUGAGAGUUUUGGUGCAAGAGAGAUACAUAUCUCUUCGGCGAGUCCGGCAUUUCAUCUUGGACGAAUGCGACAUGCUUCUGCGGCCUACAUCAAAUAUGUGCUGUGAUAUUCGCUAUAUCCUCGACCAUUGUCCCGAGGACCGUCAAGUUCAGAUGUUCACAGCCACGAUCACCGUUCCUGAAGCAGAGAGGGAGAAACGCUUCCUUAAACUCAUGCAUUGUCCGAAAUACAUCCUCGUCAAAAAGCAAUGUGAACUCACUCUCUCGAGUGUUUUACAAUAUCGAUUGACGCUUGAAGAUGAGUGCAAGAAGACGAGAGCCUUGAUAAAUCUCCUGGACAGGAUCGAGUUCAAUCAGGUGGCGAUUUUUGUAAAUACAGUUGAACGGUGCUGCGUCUUGUGUGGAAUUCUCGAAGAAAAGAAUUUCUCAGCAAUCGCCGUCCACAGCAAUAUGACACAGGAAGACAGGUUGGAGAAUUUCGCGAAGUUCAAAGAUUUCCGCCGUCGCAUCGUGGUAGCCACCGAUCUUAUGGGUCGAGGGAUUGACGUCGAAUUUGUGACCUUCGUCAUCAACUACGAUGUGCCGAUCGACGAGAAAACUUAUCUACACAGAAUCGGGCGGACAGGACGCAUGGAUCGUAGAGCCCUUGCAGUAUCCUUCUGCGUCAGCCAACAAGACCAAGGAGUCUUGCAAGACGUCCAAGAAGCCUAUGGAGUAACUCUAGUCGAGUUGCCACAAAAUCUGGAUCCGGAAGUGUACCUAGACUACAAAAGCUGA